AGCCUCAGUCCCAUCGGUCUCCAUCGGUCCAUCCCAACUCAAGCCAGUGUCACGCAACAGCAAACAACAUCCUUUUCCUACCUACGAUCCGAUACCGAAUUUUCCGAGCGCACAAGCCAAACCAAAGCAAACACUGACGAUGUCGAUCGUGAGGCGGAGCAACGUGUUCGACCCCUUCGCCGACCUUUGGGCGGACCCCUUCGACACCUUCCGUUCCAUCGUCCCGGCGAUCUCAGGCGGCAGCAGCGAGACGGCCGCGUUCGCCAACGCCCGUGUGGACUGGAAGGAGACCCCCGAGGCGCACGUCUUCAAGGUCGACCUCCCCGGCGUGAAGAAGGAGGAGGUCAAGGUGGAGGUGGAGGACGGCAACGUGCUCGUCGUCAGCGGCGAGCGGAGCAGGGAGAAGGAGGACAAGAACGACAAGUGGCACCGCGUGGAGCGCAGCAGCGGCAAGUUCGUGCGGCGUUUCCGGCUGCCGGAGGACGCCAAGGUGGAGGAGGUCAAGGCCGGGCUGGAGAACGGCGUGCUCACCGUCACCGUGCCCAAGGCCGAGGUCAAGAAGCCCGAGGUGAAGGCCAUCGAGCUCUCCGGCUGACUGCAUGCGUUUGGACGUAUGCUCAUUCAGGUUGGAGCCAAUUUGGUUGAUGUGUGUGCGAGUUCUUGCGAGUCUGAUGAGACAUCUCUGUAUUGUGUUUCUUUCCCCAGUGUUUUCUGUACUUGUGUAAUCGGCUAAUCGCCAACAGAUUCGGCGAUGAAUAAAUGAGAAAUAAAUUGUUCUGAUUUUGAGUGCA